AUGCGCUUUGAAGCACCUGCUCUACAGUUUGGUUUAAUAUAUGAUGACGGCACUAAACAAGCACGGGAACGAUUUCAACUUCAUAGUGAUGCAAAUCCUAAUUCUUCAGUUUAUGCUUAUAAAUAUUUGGAUGAAAUUCAAUCUAUCUAUGUGAAUAUAAGUAUUUCUAAGAGUGACUUGGAAUUUGUGGAUAAUUAUGUUCUCACACCUGUUACAUUCAUGGUAAAUUACCGAAGCAGUGUACCUCUAGCUUUAUCCUAUCAUAUGGACUUCACAUUGUCAGCAGAGUUAGUCAAUCAGUCUUGGUAUUGGUUACCAUCUGUGACAAAAGAAACCAAUGUGAAUAUAUCUGUGUACAUAAUACCGAAAUUGUUGGGACUAGAUUAUUUGUUAUUUUGGGUUCGAGAAGCUAAACCAAUUUCUGAGUACAACAAUGUGACAUCCUGGCUUGCUAGUGAUUUUGAAUCCUUCAGGGAGAAUUAUUUUAAUAUCGUAUCAAUAAACUAUCCAGUGAAUGUAUCCUCAGUUGAUUCUCAAAAAGAUUACUAUAAUAAUGCAAUGGGUUUUCCAAUCCUUGUAGUCAAAAACAAAGGAAUUGGUGAUCUAAUUUUCCGCAUCUUUGUCAUAAUCAUGGUGACUGUAUUUACAUUUACAAUGGGUUGUGAACUGGAUUACUCUCGAAUGAGUAGUCAUUUUAAACCACCAGUAUCUAUAUCAAUCGGAUUCUUUUGUCAGUUCUUUUUCAUGCCAUUGAUUGCUUUCUGUAUUGCGAAGACAAUUCCUAUUAAACCAGAGUUUGGUUUCGGUUUACUUACUAUCGGUUGUUCUCCGGGUGGUGGUGUUAGUAAUGCUUGGUGUCUUUUGCUUGGUGGUGAUAUUAAUUUAAGCAUACUAAUGACAUUCAUUAGUACUCUGUCAGCCCUUUUCAUGAUGCCGCUUCUUCUAUUCGUGUAUGGUCGAUUCUUUAUUGAUGUGAACAGAGUGAAAAUUCCCUAUCUUAAUAUUGUCUUCCAAUUAUUACAAGUAGCUAUACCAGCGUUAAUUGGUUUAGGUCUACGUGUAUGGAAACCAAAAUGGGCUAUACGAUUCACAAGGUUUACACGUCCAUUAUUCAUCUUUUUUAUAGUCUUCUUUCUUACUAUCGGUACUUAUAUUAAUUGGUCAUUAUUUCGUCUAUUAGGUGUUUAUCCAAUUGUAAUUGUUACUGGUGCACUUCUACCCUGGAUUGGUUUCAGUUUAGCUGCAUUAUUUACAUUAGUUUUAAAACAAUCACGUCAAUUAAUUGUUACAGUCGCUUUAGAGACAGGUAUACAAAAUGUUGGUGUUGCAAUACUUGUCUUGUUAUAUUCAAUGCCAAAACCAGCUGGUGAAUUAGGCGCUAUUAUACCAAUUACUGUAGCAAUGUUAACACCAAUUCCAUUAUACUUUAUCUACUUAGGCUUAGUCAUUAAACGUAAGUGUUGUAAUCAGAAGAGAACUCCAGUUGUUAAUGAUCCAGCUGAGCAUGAAGCACUCAACAAUCAAAAGGUAUGUAAUGAUCAUGGUGUAAUUAGUGUCCUCCAUACUGUUGACACACCUAUCAACACUAAUGAUAACAGAGGAAUUGACCAAUAA